UUGUCACACCACUAGUAGCAUAGAUUAAAUUGGAUAAGCACUAUUCACUAUUCUAUGGGUGGAUUGAUUUGAUUGAAUUCAUUCUGUCCACCAAGUCGAAGAUUGGUCUCGGUUAUUCUCAUAUAAAUUUAUAAUUGUUAUUUGACUUAUCUUAAAAGCUAAUGGCGUGAUAAUCGCCAAAUAGAAACUAAACAUGGCUAUGUCCAAAGGCUUUAAAGUUCUGGAGAAAUCAUCGCCCCCCAGUCCGUAUAGCAUAAUAUUACAACACAGAAACAAAGACACUGCACUUCUUUUCGAAUCUCAAGCCGUUGUUUCCUUAUCAUCGCAAGAAACAGAAACUUUAAGGAAACAAUACCAUAAAGUUGCAGACGCUUAUGGAUGUCUUGGAGUACUUCAGCUAAAUUCUGGUGAAAGCUGUCUUCUGUAUCUUGUGUUAAUCACCGGAUGCUCUUCUGUUGGUAAAGUGGGGGAUUUAGAAGUAUUUAAGAUAACGCAAACUCAAUUUCUGCCACUGUUCUACCAAUCGCAAGGUGAUGAUAAGGUUUCGGAAGUCCGAAAAUUAAUUAAUUCAGGUACAUUUUAUUUCUCUUGGUAUUCUGGCAAAAACAAUGAUAAUCUUUUUGAUUUGACUCUGUGUGCCCAAAGAAAAAGUAAAGGAGCCAACCCUGAUAAUAGGUUCUUUUGGAAUAGAACACUGUACAUACAUCUAAUCAGAUAUGGCAUAGAUUGUGAUGAGUGGCUAACUCGAGCAAUGUGUGGAUCUGUAGAAAUACGCACUAUUUAUGUUGGGCAUCGUCAAGCUAGGGCUGUACUUGUCUCAAGACUUAGUUGUGAAAGGGCUGGAACUAGAUUUAAUGUGCGAGGUUGUAAUGAUGAUGGAAAUGUGGCAAACUUUGUAGAAACUGAACAAGCUGUUUACAUUGAUGAUUCUGUAGCAUCUUAUAUACAAACAAGAGGGUCUGUGCCAUUGUUUUGGGAACAACCUGGAAUACAAGUUGGCUCACACAAAGUAAAAAUGUCAAGAGGCUAUGAUGCAUCAACAAGUGCUUGUGAGAGACAUUUUGCCCAGUUAAAGCGUAAUUAUGGAUCUGUAAUAGUUGUAAAUCUGCUUGGAUCUAACAUGAUUGGGGGUAGUGAAGGUGAGGCAACAUUAAGUAAUGCUUUCCAGAAACACAUUAAUGAAUCUCCACAUUCUGAUGUCCUACAAAUUGUUUUUGACUAUCAUCAGGAAGUAAGAGCAACAUCCCAAGAGAUAGCUCUAUCAAAAUUUAAACAGAAUAUUGAGAAAUAUUAUGAUGAGAUUGGGAUUUUUAGUGCAAAAGGGUCAGACAUUUAUAAUAUUCAAAAGGGAGUUAUAAGGACCAAUUGCUUGGAUUGCUUAGAUAGAACAAAUUCUAUUCAGACAUUUAUUGGUUUAGAAAUGCUUGCUGUUCAAUUAAUGCUACUACAAUGUCUUGAUAAAAAACAAAAUGUUAAUAGAUUUGAAGAAGUUUACAAACAGAUGUGGGUGAAUAAUGGAAAUGAAAUAUCUAAAAUUUAUGCUGGAACUGGUGCAAUUCAAGGAGGCUCCAAACUAAUUGAUGGAGCUCGAUCUGCUGCCAGGACUAUCCAGAACAAUUUAUUAGACAACUCAAAGCAAGAAGCAAUUGAUAUUUUAUUACUUGGUUCAACAUUAAACUCUGAACUGGCAGACCGCACAAGAAUACUGUUGCCAUCUAACAUACUACACACUUCUACAGCUAUCUUGAGGGAAAUGUGUCGUAGAACGAACGAAUUCACUCAACCUUCAACUCUUAGAAUAACUAUUGGCACAUACAAUGUGAAUGGUGGUAAACAUUUCAGAAGUCUUGCUUAUAAGGAUGUUUCAUUAUCUGACUGGUUAUUAGAUUGUCCAAAUUCAUCUUUGGUAAAUACAGUCAAUCUGAAGGAUCAUCCUUCUGACAUAUUUGCAAUAGGCUUUGAAGAAAUAGUUGAUUUAAAUGCUAGUAAUAUUAUGGCAGCUAGUACUGAUAAUGCAAAAGCAUGGAGUGAGGAACUGGAAAAAGUGUUAGGCAGAGAUGCAUCUUAUACACUUCUGUCUAGUCAUCAACUUGUUGGAGUAUGUUUAUUCAUAUUUGUUAGAAAAGAUUUAAUACCGCAUAUCAGAGAUGUAGCACUUGAUUCAGUUAAGACUGGACUUGGAGGGGCUACUGGGAAUAAAGGUGCUGUGGGAAUAAGAAUGGUAAUUUAUGGAACCUCACUAUGUUUUGUUUGUGCACAUUUUGCUGCUGGUCAAUCACAAGUUACAGAGCGUAAUGCUGAUUACACAGAAAUUACUAGAAAAAUUGCAUUUCCCAUGGGUCGCUCUCUGUACUCCCAUGACUAUGUAUUUUGGUGUGGUGAUUUUAAUUAUCGUAUAGAUUUAGAUAAAGAUGAAGUACGCCUUUUGGCUUCACAAAAUAAUUUGCAAAGGCUUUUGGAGCAAGAUCAACUUUUACAGCAAAAGUCACAAGAUUUAGUUUUCAAAAACUGCUUUGAAGGAGAAAUUACAUUUCCUCCAACUUAUAAAUAUGAUCUAUUUAGUGAUGAUUAUGAUACCAGUGAAAAAUGCAGAGCACCAGCAUGGACUGACCGUGUAUUGUGGAGAAGCAGAAAAUAUACUAUUGAUCCUGAAACCACAUCAGAAUUAUCAGCAGGGAAACUUCUACACUAUGGAAGGGCAGAAUUGAAACAAAGUGACCACAGACCUGUAAUAGCAAUAUUAGAAAUAGAAGUGUUACAGGUCAGCUAUACAAAAUGCAUGGAAGUUUUUUAUGAAGUAGUAAAAGAUCUGGGUCCUCCUGAUGCUUGUAUAAUUGUGCAACCAUUACAAGACCUUAAUACUGACGAGUCUGUAUUUGAUGAUAAUGUCAUGGCUGCUGUACUCCAAGAGUUAGCUACUUUUGGUGAAGUAACCUUAGUUCGUUUUAUAGAUGAACACACUUUGAGCAUCACUUUCAGAGAGGGUCAAAAUGCUUUAGCAGCAGCUCAAAAAGCAACUUUAUCAGUUUGUACAGUUCCAUUGCAAAUUUUCUUGAAAUCUCCAAACUGGGUUGAUAUUGUUCGCACAGAAAUUGGUUUGUGUACAAACAACACAAUACCUUUAUAUGGUGAAAUUCAAUCUGAAAGACCACUGAGAUCUGCUCCACCUACUCCUAGAAAGCAACAGCCGAGCAGACCCCCAGCUCCUUCACCAACACCAUUGGUUCCAUCGAGAUUACCAGCAGUGAGUCCUGCACGACCUCCACCCCCAAGACCUGCACCUUUGUCUCCUGAAACUAGUAAAGUUGUGGGACAGCCCCCCAUUGUUUCCCCGCCCGCCGACAGUGUUCCGCCACCUAGUUGUGCACCUCCUCCCCCACCGGAACCAAGUUCACCGCCGCCACUUGGACCUCCGCCUCCUGUGCCUGCUAGACAAGGUGCUCCGCCACCCUUACCUGCGCGGCCGCGUCCUACGAAUUAAACAGACCUGACAAGGGAUGUUUUUGACAAAAACAACGCAUUAAUACUAUGUAAUACACUGUAGAAUUUAUAAUAGCUACAUGAUUAUAGCUAAAUUUAUUUAAAUGUUGUGGUUCUAUGCUGUAGUGUUAUUUGUCAAAUUAUGUUAAAUCUGCAAGUUUUUUUACUAGCAGUUAUAUAUAUUAUAGUCUAAAUGGCGCAAGUCCUUAAGUAUUUUCAAUGUUAAUAAGGCAUGUGCAAUAUAAAGCAAGCUUUCACUAUGUUAUGUAUUUACAAUUUAUUAACUUUAAGUUUGGGCUGGUCAUUAAUUAUUGUUGAAUCUAUAAACUGAAGGGUUUUGCAAUAAAAUCAAAAUUAACACUACCUACUUAAUUUCAAUAUUUAAUUAUUGUACUUAUAAAAGAAUUAAAAGAAUAGAAAAAUUAGGAUGAUCCAAUAAAAAACUUCGUAGGUUUUAUUAAUUUUCAGGCUUUUAGAAUUUCCGAGGUAGAUGUUAAAUAGUUUCCACAUUGUCUCAAGACAAAUUUCGAUAAUUCAGUCUUAUUGUUAAAAUAUGUUAUAUUACUUCAUUUGGCUGUGUUAGGCAUUUAAUUUACUUAAAUUAAUGUUUCCUCUUAAGAUUAAGAAAAUCGAAAAUAUAACUUGCAUAAUGGCUCAUUGUCAUAUCUUAGCCCUUAGAACCAGAAAAGAUUAAAAUUGUUUUUUGUUAUUAUUUAUAAAAAUUAUGAUUAUUAAAUUAUAAACAUCUAUUAUUAUUGAUAGAUUAGUAUUGGAAGAACAGGCUGAUGUCUCAAAUAAAAAGUUCAGUUAGUUUGACAAUCUGAAUUUAAGUUUUGUUCUAGAUAAUGCAGAUAGUGAUGUUCCUUGUUUCUAAUUUUAUGUUAAUUUUUAUACUUUUUCAGUUAAUUUUAUUUAAAAAUGUACCUGAAUAUGAAUUUCUUUGUUACAUUUUAAAAAUGUAUUGAAAUCAAUUAUUAAAUGUAACAAAAUGCUUCUGAAACUCCACAAACUGUUGUAAAAAUAGUUAGCAUGUGUUCUGCUUUGUAAGAGGUAUAUAAUGUAUAUUAGAAAUAUAAUGUUCAGAAAAA